AUGGUCACGUUCGCCCUCACCAUGGCGCUUCUGCCGCUGUUCUGCUUGCUGGACGAAUCCGUCCGCUGGCUCCUGGUGUCCAACAACGGCGAGUUUGCCGAGAAGGUGAUACGGCGUGCCGCACUGUGGAAUAGCUACCACGUCAACGAUGUCAACCUGCUCGCUACCGUCUCGACCUUUCACGCCCCGGCGGUGCUGCAGAAAAUGAACAUCCUCACUUUUCUGGCUAGCGAGAAAGUUUGCAGGAGAACAGUCGCGCUGUGCUGGACGUGGUUCAGCAUUUUGCUCUCCCUGUAUGGCAUGAGCUUGAGCGGGCGUUCUGGUAGAAUCUGGCACGUCGUGUUUCUCGCCGUCACCAGGACCGUCAGCGUUUUGCUGUCUUGGAGACUGCUGCUCGCAAGUCAGCGCAAGACACUGCUCACGGCGGCGCUGCCGCUGACGUGCUCCAUGUUGCUGUUGCACGGCGCCAUCAAGGGCGCGUACGAGGGAAGCCUGGCCUGGAUCGUCGGCGAGAUCAUCGUGUGCAUGCUGAUCGGUGAAAUCAUCGUCGUGAACGUGUUCACGUUCGAACUGUACCCGACCGUAGUGCGUGGCAUAGGCACCUCUGUGGCCAUCUUCUUCGGUCAGCUAGGUGCGACCUGUGGUCCGGUUCUGUUGAAACUGCAGACGCACGUGUCCCCGACCGCGGCGAGCGUACUGUGCUUCGUAAUGCUAUUCACUGCCACUUUCCUGAUCAGGCGGCUUCCGGAAACCAAGAACCAGAAGAUACCACAAAGUAUGCAAGAUAUCCAGCCAUAA